AUGGGCUUUAAAGCUUACGAAGAACAAUAACGGUGCCGUCGCAUACAAAUCUGAGACGGGAAGUCAAGCAAGCGUCGGAGAGUAUACCGGAGGAGGACGACAAUACUGUUUUGACCUCUGUAGCCCAAUCGCGUGCAGGUGGAUUGCACAUAACCUAUAAAGUAAGUAAUCGUUGAUGGUAUGGUGGCGCCAUCAGGGCAGUGGGAAAAUGCCACAGCGGGGGCAGUCGCAGGAUUCGCAACAGUAGCUGCUAUGCACCCUCUUGAUGUUGUCCGUACUAGAUUCCAAGUGAACGACGGUAGAGGGUUAAGUGCUCUCCCGACGUACAAGAACACAGCUCACGCUGUCUUCACCAUUGCCCGUCUCGAGGGUCUGAGAGGACUUUAUGCAGGUUUCUUCCCUGCUGUCAUCGGUUCCACUCUUUCAUGGAGCUUAUACUUCUUCUUUUAUGGAAGAGCGAAAGAGAGAUACGCUAGAGGCAGGGACGAUGAGAAACUCACCCCUCCCCUUCACCUUGCUUCUGCCGCUGAAGCUGGAGCCUUGGUCUGUUUAUGCACGAAUCCUAUUUGGCUUGUCAAGACAAGGUUACAGCUUCAGACACCUCUUCAUCAAACCCCACCCUACUCCGGCCUGUUAGAUGCCUUUAGAACCAUAAUGAAAGAGGAAGGACCCAGGGCGCUCUUCAAGGGUAUUGUCCCUGGUCUUGUACUGCAGGUUUCUCAUGGUGCUAUUCAAUUCACAGCGUAUGAGGAACUCCGUAAAAUCAUUGUCGAUUUGAAAGAGAAGAGAAGAAAAUCCGAAUCCACGCCUGAUAAUUUAUUGAACUCGGCGGAUUAUGCUGCACUGGGAGGCUCCUCCAAAGUCGCAGCAGUUCUUCUCACAUAUCCUUUUCAGGUUAUUAGAGCACGAUUACAGCAAAGACCUAGUACUAACGGAAUCCCAAGAUAUAUAGACAGCUUACAUGUCAUCAGAGAAACCGCGAGAUUCGAGGGUCUCAGAGGUUUCUACAGGGGACUAACAGCUAAUCUAUUGAAAAAUGUGCCUGCUUCUUCCAUCACGUUCAUCGUCUACGAAAACGUUCUGAAAUUGCUGAAACAACCUCUUCCAACGAGAUAGGACCCAUCAUCUUCUUCUUUUAUUUUUUUAUUUUCCCUUGGGAUUGGGAAUUACAUUUUUGCUUUUUGUAUUCCUUUUACUGCUGGUAAUCCAUGAAACAGCUUUGUCUCGUCUUUGCUCAACAAAAAGCUCUUUUUGUUUUCCUUAUUCAUCAUACAUCUCUCCCCAUAUCUAAUACCUUUGCUCUUAUUAUA